AUGAGUGCGUAUCUAACUAAUUUAUCAUACGAUGGGGCCGUCUUCGAGACCGGACCAGGUUUAGAAGAUACUUGCUUGAAUGAUUUACAAAUUAUGGAAGAGUGGACAGACCGUCCAGCCAGUGCAUGGGCUGUUCAGAGAAUCGGAGUUCUGCUCUCAAAAAUUGAGGCAUACACAGGCAAAAUAUAUCAUCGUAAUCGUUACGGUAAACACUCUUUGUCAAAGUUGAUUCCCGCCCAUGUUCUCACACAAUACGCAAACGAAGCACUUGGGUUUGAUGGAUGGUCGCUAGAAGUUAUGGAAAUUUAUGUUGCAAACUGCAGGUCAGUUCCUUCCAAAACUCCAGCUUCCGAUUCGUCUGAUGAACGGUUGGAAGUGCUUUCAGAGGCAACAGUAAGGUUAAGACUUAAAGACGGUACAAAUACGAAAGCGUCGGGCGUUGGAUCAGCUACAGCGUCUACAAAAGGCGACAGCUUCAGCAUGUCGAAAAAAUUGGCCAUCAACGAUGCCUUCAAGAAAUGCUUUUUGAGCCUGGAAACUAUAAUACUUGAACAUGAACGGCGCGUCUCAACUAACUACUACGUCGACGGUCUCUACGGCUCUCAUUCAAAAAAACCUUGA